UGAUUACGCAUUCAGAACACAGACGUAAGCUAAGUAGAGCGCCACUUUCGUUCCGGAGGAAGGGAGAGUCAUCGUCGCUCAACAGAAAGUCACACAGCACUGAGCGGGCAUGCUAAGCCAUUUGCAGUGGAUUCAGUGCAGAUUGUUCAUUCCACUGUUUACAAUGGGUCAACGGUUAUCAUCCUCAGUGAGUUCUUCAACAUUUCCAUGAAGCAAUUUGAGAUAAAUAUUUCUUGGUGCAAUGGCAGCGGCAAACAUACUCCAUGAUAUCGAUGUUCCUGUAAAGAAGGCAACAUUUGGAAUGGGCUGUUUUUGGGGCCCUGACACCCUCUAUGGUACACUGAAAGGUGUUAUAAGAACAAGAGUGGGAUAUUCUGGAGGCACAAAAAUAAACCCCACAUAUAGAGAUCUUGGAGAUCACACAGAGUGUAUUGAUAUUGACUAUGACCCAAAUGAAAUUUCCUUUGAAAAAUUACUUGAAGAGUUUUGGAAAAACCAUGAUCCUACUUACAGAGCCACGAAACAGUAUACAUCCUUAAUAUUUUAUCAUGAUGAUGAUCAAAAGCAGACAGCUGAGAAAAGUUUUAAAGAAGAGGAAGAGAAGAAAGGCAAGAAGGGCAAAUUUGUCACCAAAAUAUUACCAGCAGCAGAGUUUUAUAAUGCAGAGGACUAUCAUCAGAAAUACCGCCUGCAGCAGCACACACAGCUCGUGCAAUGGUUGGGUCUGACAUCUGGCAAGAAGCUCAUAAGUUCACAUGCUGCUGCACGUAUCAAUGGAUAUGUAGUAGGUAUGGGUGGUGUGCAAAUGUUUGAGGAGGAUAUCAGUAGGCUUGGGCUUACACCUGAAAUAGCAGACUAUGUGCGGAAGUGGGUUACAAAAUAUGAAGGACAUGGCAUGAUUUGUUGAAUAUUCACCAGUGUAUCAGUCGCUAUUGCUGAGUAUGAUCUACUGUUUGAGGCCUAGAAUUGGUUGUGGAGUUGGUCCACAGCCUUCACACGUACAUGUAGAGGGGGGAAGGGAGGGAGAGGGCGAGAGAG